ACCAGGCCAGACUUGUAAAUAUCAUAAAAUGAUUCAAAGUCGACUGAGGAAUAUCAUAUUGGUUUACAUCAAAUUACUUCUUACCACAUUUACAGCUCAUCAAUCUAUAAAGACUAUUACGGAACUCCUGGUUAACGAGAGUAUAUACCACAAAGUUAAGAGAAGCAUUAACCUGUAAGGCGAGCUCGGAGAAGAGAAGAGCAGUAUCAAAAAAAUAUUUGUCGAUUCUGAACCUUAUGAAUGUUGAUUUAAGGAUAUCUGUAAUUACACGUGGAAGAACCAAAAUGAUGAAAAGUGUUGCAAUGACAAUUAAAAGCUUUGUUAAUUUGUCUGUGCGUUCAGCGGUUGCUGGUGAAUUCGAUGAACCCAGUUGUAUUCGGUGCUUAGAAGCACGUCUGAGAGCCACUACCAGCCUUAUAGUCGUGACAAGUACAAUCGUCGCAGGAAUGAUGGACCGAAACAGAGGCCUUAUUAUGCCAGAAUAUCCCUGCUGUAAAGGCUUAGUGAGCCCGAAUUGGGUUGUCUUCCAAGACACAUCAAGAAUGCACUUCCCGUCAUUUGACACCUCAUGAGAAAGGAAAACUGGAAAGUUAAAUGCAAUAAUUAUGACCAAGAGAGUUACAAUGGCGAUAUUAGCAUUUCGUGCAGUACAUAAUGUCUUGGCUUUGAGAGGCUUGCAUACCAAGA